AUGGCGGUGGCCAUCGCGGCACCGGCACCAGCACCAAUACCAAUACCGGCACCUAAUCCAGUGGCUCUAGCAGCUCCUGGCCCUCUUCCGGAACCACUAAGCCUCAACGACCUGAAUCCUAUCCCGCUCUUUGCUCCAGUUGUGCAGGACCAACUGGCCAACUUGGCGUCCCAGCUGGCCAGCACAACACCAACGAGCACGCCAAAAGAUAUCCCCGACGCCGUGGCGACUCUCAAGGGAAUCCUCGGUCCCCAGCCCACAGGCCUUUUGACCAACGGCUUGUCAUUCUUGCAGCAGGGCCUGCAGGUCAGCGGUACGAAAGGCAAGACGAUCAAUAGCCCUGACCCGCCGGGUCAGAUCAACUCGUUCAACCAGACCAACCCCCAGCCGUCGAAGGUCCUGUUCCCCAAGGCCGAUGCCGCCGACCCGCCCUUCCAGAAGUCCGAGCAAGAGCUUAGGUCUGCGAUCUUCAUACCGACCAACUUUGUCAAGGGAAACAACCCCGUACUGUUAGUCCCUGGGACAGGUGCUUAUGGCGGAUCAACAUAUGAAGGAAAUAUGAUCAAGAUCAUGGCCCAGGAUCCGUCCAUUGGGCAGGCGGCGUGGGUGAACGUGCCCUUGGCCAUGCUCGACGACGUACAGACGAACGCGGAACACAUUGCCUACGCAAUCAAUUACAUGGCCGACAUGACAGGUCAAAAGGUCGCGGUUGUGGGCUGGUCACAGGGCAACCUAGCCACGCAAUGGGCGCUGAAACACUGGUCAUCAACUCGGGCCAACACGAAGCAGCUGGUCAGCUUCUCGCCCGACUUUCACGGCACCACCAUCGCGGCGCUGACCGACUUCCCCAUCAUCAGCUCCAUUCCCGUUGGCCCCUCGCUGAUCCAACAAAAGUACGACUCGAACCUGGUCAAGACGCUGCGCGCCGACGACGGAGACUCGGCAUACGUGCCCACGACAACCAUCUACAGCUCUUCUUUCGACGAGAUCGUGCAACCCCAGGCGGGCGAAGGCGCAUCGGCCUUCUUGAAAGAUGCACGCAAAGUCGGCGUCUUCAAUGCCGAGCUCCAGAGGGUGUGUCCCAACACGCCGGCGGGCGAUUUCGGUACGCACGAGAGCGUCAUGUUCAAUGGGCUGGCCACGGCCUUGGUCAUCGAUGCUCUGAAGAAUGGCGGGCCGGCGGACCCCGGUCGGCUGGACCUCAAGACCGUGUGCCAGCAGUUGGCUCAUCCGGCCCUUAAUGUCACUGAUGUUCAGCUGACCGAGGGCACCAUCCCGUUGGCCGCGCUCAACGUCGUCGAAUUUAAAAAGGGCGUCACCGAUGAGCCGCCGAUCCGGGAUUAUGCUGCCAAGAAGCGCAAUUGA